AUGGCCUUGCGGACCGCCCAUAAAGCCCCGGCACAUGGCAAGUCGGGGUCUACGGGCUCGCUGUCUGGAGUGCUUUAUCCGCACCCGGCGUCACCUACCUUGACGAACCCCGACAUGAUCUUGCCCGACUACGACGACGGCAUUUCCUCGCCAGAUCGGUCUCAAUCGCCGCUCAUGAUGUGGAAGAAUGCUCAUUCCGCCGAUAUGCGCCAGUUCGAUCUGGGUGGCCAGCCGUUCCCCUCGGGGCCCAUAACUCCCGCGACACCCAUCAUAUACGGAAACGGUACAAUGCUGUCCGAUAUUGGCGAGGUCACCGAGGCGGAGAGUGUACGGCCAAUGAAGAUGCGAGACGCCGCGCGCAACGGCUACACCCAUCAUGAGGUCGACAUGCGAGCUUCACCAAAUGCACUCCCUUACCAUACCAUCAAGAGACAGGCAUCUCGCGACCUAGAGAGGCGCAUGUCGAUGGAAUCAACCAGUACCAUCACCAACGGGGACCAAUCUGAGCUGUUUGCUGACUUCGACGACGCCGUCAGCGUUGAGGAUAGCAACUUCGAAGGCGAUGACGAAGAGAGUACGGCCCAAUCCUAUGUCUAUGACGAUGCCUCGGUGGCUUCAGCACAAUACGAGAGGAUACAAACCCCCCAAGAGAUACGCAAAGAUUUUGUGCCGAGCGAGGAGGACCGAUAUUCGACAGCGCUCAGUCGGAGAGCAGAGCAGAUUCUGGCAAACGCCAAACGGAGGCUGACGACCAUGGAAGGCAAUCUGAGCAGGGCGCGCAGUUCCAUCUCCUCUGGGUCCGGAUCUACACCCUCGCCAACCAUUGGCCGACCAGCAACUGCCAUUCAUCGGGACCGUGAUGUCGAUUUCGCCAAACCUCACAUGCAUACCAGAGUGUCAAGCGAGAACAAUAUACCCAUUGAUAUCAAACAGGACGCUGCGUUUUCCCAGAGAGCAUCAAGUGCGUUGGGUGCCGCAGGCGGUUAUCGGCAACCGCUACAGAAUUCUCGAAGCGCGGACUAUAUACGAGAUGGCCCUCGAAGCACCAAUUACAAGAGCAACUCAAUUUAUGGCAAUGCUGCCUUUGCGAAGAGCAAGCCAUCGCUACACGAAAGCAUACACACAUUGGAGCCGUUGAGCGAAGAUGAGGUUCCACCAGGCUUAGACUCGUUCCGCCCAAGUUUGGAAGAUACUCGACACGACUCGUUUCUCAGUCCUACAUUUGGGUCAUACGGCGAGAAAGGCCUGAAAAGGUCGGCAUCGACAGCACAGAUGAGAGAUCUUAAAGACCAGAUGAAUGACCUCAAGGGGAGGUUAUCGACUCUGAGGGACCAAGCCCGCGCUGACAGCAUGAAGCGUCGGAGCAUGUCAAACCUGCGCACCGCAAGUCCCUUCACGCACGCUCAUGCCGAAACUUGGCGCGCUGAAACGAGUAAUUCUAGCGAAAACAUCUCACCGAAGGGUGGUUCGAGUUCCUGGAGUGGCAAGGAGUUGAGCAUAGAUGAACGCAGCAACGGCUCGGAAGGUAAUAGGAGGAUGCGGGAGUCAUUGGGCACAGAAUCAAUGCUGAGCACCGGCUACGCAGAGCCCGAGGAGUACUCACCACGGACGAAACUGACACCUCCUGAAUCAAGUUCGCAUUCUCCAACUAAAAGCACGACAACGGGUGGCUUGCCCGUAAAUGUUGAGGAAGAUGACGAUGAUAUGAUGACGGAAGACGGAUUUCAAGACGUUGAAGAUGAGGGGCUGGAUCGCUACAGUGACAGUGGCGAGUCAUCGUACCAUGACUCCGUUCAGAACCAACUAUCACACGAAGAUCGCGAGGAUGCAUUCGACUAUGAGCAUUUCUUCCUACAUAGCGCGAUGGGUACUUUGAGCCAAAAACGGAUGAGAAGGAGAAGCCAAGAUAGCUUCAGCUCCGAAGAAUCGAUUGAAACGACGCGCGGGCCGAUCACAUCCACUGAUGUCCCUGGCUUCAAAUCUAAUGGGCGGGGACGACGAGGAAGUAAUACCUCGACAUCAACCAUGGAUUCUUUCGCGACGGCUACCGAGGGCAGGUCGACAAGAGCAGACGACCCAGACAAUGAGGCCGUGGAAACCCCAGAGAUUCUAUCUUUGGAGACUGUGCCUGAACAGGUUGUGGAAACGUCGGAGUGGUCACAAUCAUCAAGCCCACCGACAGACAAGCGAGCAACCUUCGGCUUCGCUGAAGAUAACACAGAUGGGGCCGCGGACUUGGGUCAACACCGUACUUCCGUAAUUUAUCGACCACAAAGCAGCGCCGCUGUUUUUGUUCAUCGGCCUUCGGUUUCUUCACUUGAGUCUACUGGCACAGCCAGGAGUUUCCCUCUGGUGAAUCCUCCAAAACCCAAUGGUAUCAUGACCCCUCCUGGCACCUCGCCCGAGGAGAGCUUGAAGCAGAUCUCGGAGACAAUCAUGAGUGAAACUGCGAGCAUCUGCGAGAGCGUCCACGGUGACAAGGCACCUAUCAACAUGCUAGCAACAGAGGACCAGAUCCUGGUAGAACGCCUUGUUGCCAGCCUGGGUAGAUGUGUGCUCGGCCUGACUGAGAGUGGCCGGGCAAGCAUCGAGAGCAGGAUGUACAAAAGAAGGAUCGACUCAGCACGACGCAUUUUAGAAGGGCUGGAUCAGCCGGCGUAA